CUGUUGCAUUAAUCUCUUUGAUAUCUUAGCCUACAUGUGACAAAGGUGUCACAACAUCUAUUUCGGCUCUGAGACAUAAAUAAAUACUGUGGCGAAUCAGCUUCUGGCUGCAUCGUUUAGCUCCUAUUAUAUAAUUGCCAAAAAUGCUGCGCCGCGCCUGAAAGUUGCCCGAUGUGUGCUCUCGAGGUAGGCGGUUCACUAGGUUCUGAAACAGCCUAUGAGAGUUCAAGAGCACCUGUUGGGCUGUAGUUUCAUGAGCGAUGGGAAGGGAAUACCCCAUACUGUUCCGUUAGUUGGCCGACUGCGUGAGUAGCAGACUGUCAGCGGAGGCGACAAUGCGCAAGUGCUCGGCAGCAUUUUACAUCGCGCUAGGUUUAUUAAUUUCAGGUUUCGUAUCUCUCUGGACAACUGUAGCGUCAACAGGAACCUGUGACUGCAGUCCUGAAAACUUGAACUUAUUAAAAGAUAAAUGUAACAACACAGAAGUGGAUAUUUCUCAUCUCACAGGAGUCUCUGAUUUGGGAUGCUACAUAAAAUAUAUCACAAGUGGACUUAAUGCCAUCUGUGAAUGGAAAGGAAACGUGUCAACCUCAUACACACUGUACACAAAACAGAGAAAAUGUAGUUGUGUAGCGGUACAUCAGAAGGACAAAAUUUGGACUUCCAAUUACUUUCUUGUUGUCUUGAAUUGGAAUAUGACGGCUCACGUUAUUGGAACCAGUAAAGAUCAGCCCUCAUGCACCUACAAAAAUUUCAGCGGAAUUCCAUCCAUGAUGACAAUGUGUGGUCCUCAUUCAAAAAUAACUUACAAAAGAAGCUCAGGCUAUCUGACUGUUUGGGUGGAGUGGGGAAAUGACAGCAAUUAUAUUAAAAACUUCCUUGUAAAGUACAGAGAGUUCAACACUACAAGGUGGAAAGAGCAACAAUCUGAAAACAGAAAAGAAUGUGUUUUAUUGAAUCUGACGCCAUCUUUGCCUUACGAGUUGCAAACACAGUGUGUUCCCAUCAAAGACUGUGCGCAGUGUCCACUCAGUAAGGUCAUCAUGGUUCCACCUGAACUCACAGAUGCACCAUCAAUCCAGCUGGAGAUUCAAGACCAUAUGCAAAAUCUUUCUAUAUCACCAGGCCAGAGAAAGGUGGUCGUGAAGUGGGAGUAUGCUAACAGUGAGGCGGUGGAUAACUACAAUGUGACAGUGAGGAAAGUAUCUGGGGAAUCCAGCAAUCGGGACAGUUUCAUUACUGAAAAUUCAUCUCUCACCCUGAUCCUGUCUUACUCUGCAUAUAACAUCAGCAUCAGGGCUUUAAACAGUGCUGGAUCGUCUCCUGUUUCCAGUAUAGCCAUUGAGCAAAUGGACGAAUGGAGAGAUUCGUUUGGGCCAUUCACUGUCAACAUAACCAGCAACAGCAGUUUUAGUCUGUCCUGGAGCAGCUCUGUCUCAAGCGUCUGUUACUCUGUGGAGUGGUGGGCCAAAGGACAGAUACCAGCUUUCCGUCCAUUCUAUAUGAAAACCAAGAGCAGCACCAUUACCUUCCAUUCUCCCUUAAUAAAUUUUCAGCCCUAUACAAGAUAUUAUUUCUUCCUGCACAUCCGACCAUACAAAGACACCUGCAACAUGAAGAAUGUGAAUGACAGUGAGACGACCUAUGGCUUAGCCCAAACAUACUUCACUGAAGGAAGUCCUAUCAGUGCUCCUGGGAAUGUUAGCAUUUUGAAUAUUACCCAGCAUUCCUCAGUAAUUACGUGGAGUCCUGUGUCUGAGGAAGACCUGCGUGGAUUCUUAUUGGGCUACUACAUCUACUUGACAGAGGACAAUAAUGAAACAUCCUUCGAAGUGGAUCCCAGUGUAAACAGCUUUGAGCUGCAGAAUCUGGAAAGCAACAGUGCGUACCGCGUGCAGCUGUCUGCAUUUACAGCAGCUGGAGAAGGAGAGCGCAGUGAUUCCAAACACUUUGUCACAAAUCUGCCAGAUUUCACAGCUUUGAACAGCAUUAUAGCCGCAGUUGUUGUAGGAAUAAUAAUUCUUUUACUAGCGGUUCACUUCAGCUUCCGGCUUCUGCACAGAGCCAAGAAACUACUGUGGCCGAGUAUACCAAAUCCUGAGAACAGCAAUGCUGUUCAGAAAAUUGAAAUUGCCUAUGAACUGGGCAUCCUGGAGCCACUGAACAGACAGAGGUUAGAGGAAAGUGAGGGAUGUGAUUCUAGUACAGUGUGUGUCGUUGGGAGCAAGAGGGAGGCAUCUCCACUUAGCAGCCCUCCCACCACCCUUCUCCUCAGUGAAGAUGAAGACAGCCCAUCCAUCCCGGAGGAGAUCACACCACCUGACAUCCCAACACAAGUCCCAACCAGAGAGCCUGUUAUCACGAACUUGAAUAAAACAGACUCCAUUUUGAGCGCUUCUCUUGAUGAAGAAGUCACAACCUUUGAAAGCAAGGACCCUGGAGAGACUGUCUCCAACACGACAGAAUUGGACUUCAUCCGAACAUCCCAACCUGCUGUGGUUUUCAUGAGCGAUUACACUACCAUGGAGAUCUUCCAGCAGGUCACUAUGACUGGGAUUCAGGGUCCAUCCAUACAAGCAGUAAAACCUGGAUUGGUUGCUGUACAUCCAGGGCAGGAUUAUGUUCGGCAGUCCUAUUUUUUGCAAGAAAUAGUCAAGGAACCACCAGGGGCAUUUAACAGCAUUGAUGUUUUGAACUCAGAAAUCACAGUGCUUUGAGACACUUUUAUCCUGUGAUUUAGAGGACACUUACUGAACGGACACAAUCCCUCUAGAGCACCCUAAGAUUAGGAGCCUCAUUUAGGGGUAUAACAUUCAUUGUCCGGUUCCUGACAGCUUUAACCUUUUAGUAAUAAAAGAUGGAAACGCUACUUGUAUUGACAGUGAAUUGGACUCAGGUCUCCGAAUUCUACCUCUGAAGCACCAGUUCUCACGACAGAGACCACUGCAUCAAUGACACAGCCCUAGAUGUUCCUUAAAAGGGGUCAUGAAACGCAUUUUCAGAUCAUUAUAUUAUGUUUAUGGAGGUUUUAUUGCAUAAAAAAUUGUAAACUAUAA